AGAUACACACACGUGCGCCCGCGCUCACUAGAUAACGACCGGAGCUCGAGACGAAGAAUCGCCCAGACAGAAGGGUCCAGGGAGCGGCGCGUGGAGCAAUCCCUGUUCCUCGCGCCGGAGCGGGGGGCUCUCCAUAGCGGAGGCCAUGGAUCACUUAGGGAUACUGGGGGCGCAUCUGCAGCAGCACACGCACGUGGAGCCCAUCACCUUCGGCAUCGAUCAGAUCCUCAGCAACGUGGAGCAGAGCUGCAUGCUGGGCAUGAGGAUGCACGAGCCGGACUACGGACACGCGGCUUACAACAGCAGCUCGAACGGCGGCAUGAGCGGCGGCUUCUCGUGCGCUAACGCCGGAUAUAACGGCACCACCAGCUCCUGCGGGGUGGCUUCCCUAGGCGGAGCCUACAUGAACAUGGGCGUGAAUGCGAACGGGCCUAACGUGAACGCCACCGGGGUCAUCCGUGUCCCCGCGCACCGGCCUCUGAGCUGUGGCAACUCCUCUGCGCCGCCGGGGAGCGGGACCAUCAACACCCUGCCCGCGCUGACCUUCCCCUGGAUGGAGAGCAACCGACGCUACACUAAAGACAGGUUCACAGUGUCCCUCUCACCCCUGACUGUAACACGUCGUGUAGGUCAUCCCUACCAGAACCGGACGCCUCCUAAGAAGAAGAAGCCUCGGACGUCCUUCACCCGGCUGCAGAUCUGUGAGCUGGAGAAACGGUUCCACCGACAGAAGUACCUUGCGUCUGCUGAGCGGGCCGCCCUUGCCAAAGCCCUGAAGAUGACUGAUGCUCAGGUCAAAACCUGGUUCCAAAACAGACGCACCAAAUGGAGGCGGCAGACGGCGGAGGAGCGGGAGGCGGAGCGGCAGCAGGCCAACCGGAUCCUCAUGCAGCUGCAGCAGGAGGCCUUCCAGAAGACCGUCAACCAGCCGGCUACCCCGGACCCGCUGUGCCUGCAGAACAGCUCUCUGUUCGCCCUGCAGAACCUGCAGCCCUGGACAGAGAACACCGCCAAGAUCAGCAGCGUGUCGGCCUGCGAGUAGAGUCAACACAGGACCUCCAGCUGGAGGGCGCGCGGGCUGGAGCCUGCUGAGGAGCUCAGUGCAAAGGGAGGCCCGAUGCAGGACUGUCUUACAGAUCUUGGUUAUCAGCUCCUGUCCGGCUCUUAUUAUCACCCACCUUCCGUCCAUGUUCCAUGGCACUGGUGCAGCAGCUACCAGCACACUUCAGAGGGGUCCCUCAGCACUACUCCCAUGAGGGUCCACAUUCUGAGCUGUAAGCGUCCUGGACUGAAUCCCUGCUUCAGCCCUGCACUCACCAGACUGACAUUUUGGAAGUAUUUCGGAGGCAUCAUGAUGAAGAGUGUUCUUCAUAAAACUGCACAAAGCCCAUCAGAGGAGCGGGACAGACGGGCGACAGUGAGUUGUUGUGUUAUUACUCAUAAGGGACUUGAUGUUUCAUAAACAGCAUAUUUUCACAUUUGAUGUCUGACAAAAGUCUCUGUCUGCCAUUAUAAUGGACUUUUUACUCAAGUGCAACAUAACCGGCCCUUGUUUUAGCACCUUUGUAUGAAUUCAAACAUGUACAGUAAUCUGACACACAGAAUGAAAAGAACUAGCCUACAGCAGCAAACCGCAGAUAUCUGUGCAGCAUCCUAAUUAAAGGAUUAAAGGGGCCCAAAGGCCAGCACGCAUCUGGUUAAAAGAAAAAUAAUAUUUAAUGGCACUUUGCUGCUACAUUUAACCCUUAUCAUUUUUGAUCACAGUGUACCACAUUUCACAUUUUCUUGGACUCUUAUUUUUGUAUUUUUGCUUUACAAACUGUAUUUUCCUAUUUCUGGCUCACCACUGAUGCUGUGAGCAUCUCAAACACCUGAGGCUGAGAUCCAGCAAGCUGACCAAUCACAAACCAAAAGUCCAGCAUUUCUUAUCCUCUUUUUCCUAGUGCCAUUGUGUGUCUGUGUGUGUGUAUGCGCAUAGCAAAUGAAAUGAAAGCUUCAAAACAACCAUAAAAUGUAUUUCUAUUCAUACUGAUGACAGUAAUAUAUUUUAUUCCUCUGCAGAGUUGAUAAUGCAAGUAAAUUCUAUUUGGAACGAAUAUCUUCUUAAUGUUCCAGCCAUGUGGAACUUACAUUGCUCAGUGGAAAUCCAUUUCAACUCAUGUUCAUUUUCAUACCAUAUAUGGCCUAUAGUAUGUAUUUUGUCACUUAGAGUAAACUUAAAGGCAAAACAUUCCAGUCCAGUAUUUCUUAAUUCCACCAUUGUUUUGAUUAAAACCCCAGUGGCUUUUACAGCUUGUUCUCUAAAAACGACGCUAUGAGAGCACUGAGAGGAACCAGAGCAGUAAAGUUGUGGGCUGGACAGCUAAACUAUGAGCUGAAAGCUCCAUGAAGAGGAGAGGAGCAGAUUCAGGCGAUUUCUCUUUAAGUUUAUCUCUACAAGCGACCCCUUCACAUUCUCACAGUGUGAGUCCCAUAUGUUAAAUUCAUUUUACCACUUUUAUUAUUAUGGCAGAUUUUGCAAAUACAUGUUCCCAUAUUAAACUCUGGAGGAAAAGGAAAACUUGGGGAACAAUGCAAAGAAAAGUGAUGGGGUUAAUGGUCUUGCUUUGGGGGCCCUUUGAAGGUUAAUUCAGCCAUGGACAAAAUAAUAAAUAAAGAAGAAUCAAAUCAAAUAAAUGAGGAAAGAAAAACAUGACAGUUAAUCAAAUAAAAGAGAAUAAAUUGAAAAUUACUUAACGUAAGGGUUUCAAAUCAAAUUAUAAAACAAGGCCUUUUGGGGAUAUUGUGUCAAGAGUGUAAAUGUAGAAACCUCCUCACCUCAAUAAGAUGUUAUUUAUGUUUUGCCAAUUUGACUUGCGUAUCUGAGUGUAGAAAGGUUGGGUUUGGUCGUGUUGAUGUGAGCUGACGCAGGAUUUGUACAAAUACUCCUUCUGAAAGUCUUGAAUGUUGUGUGUCUCCAUUAUAGGCCGGUCAUUUGAUUAUGUAAACCGCAUUUUUGCAUUUCAAGUGGUCCUCCCAUUUAUCCUAAACUGUUCUCCAGACUGCAGGUGGCUGAAAAAGUGCCACUUAUGGGUGAAAUUACUUUGACAGUUGCCAUGUGGGAAAGAUGUCAGGAAACAGGUCAUUCUGCAGGAGCGGCAGCUCUCACACCACAGCCCCAGGUAUAAGGAGGGCGUUUGUGAGAAAGUGUGGAGGCUCCCAAUGAUUUUUCAACUUUGGGUCUGAUUUUAGAAUGUUUACUGUUUUUCAAAUUCUUAUUCAGAACUGUAUACAACACGCUCUUAUGUUUUGUUUCUUUUUUUGCACAUCUCACUUCACACAAACAUAUGUGUAUAUUUUGAUGCAUAUCUAUAAACAUUCUCUGAUGAACAACAAA